AUGGCGUCGAAUGAAACUGGGGCAAAGACAAACAGGUCUUGGGAAGGAGUCGUCGCAGCUAAACGGGCGAUUCGCGAUGCGCAAAUUCGAAAAUAUGAAGGGGGCUCGGACAUCUCUGGGGCUGACAUAGCGGACGUCGAAACACUGACGAACCUGCUGAGUUCUGGACAAGUCUCGGCAGAGGAGCUAAUUCGCGCCUAUAUUGGGAGAGCUUGUGAGGCUCAAAAGAAGACGAAUUGCCUGACAGAAACCUGCUUUGAUGAUGCCAUCGACCAAGCCAGGCAUCUUGACGAUUUCCAGCGGACGCAUGGUCGACUCAUUGGCCCAUUGCAUGGUGUGCCUAUAUCAGUGAAGGAUCAAUUUGACAUCAGAGGUCUAGACUCGACAGUAGGCUAUGUCUGCAACGCUUUUGCUCCAGCCAAGUCUGACGCACCUCUGAUACAUACAUUGAAGCAGCUGGGAGCAAUAAUAAUCGCGAAAACAAAUCUCCCCCAAAGUAUCAUGGUGAGUAACAUUGCAGAAUCGUAG